CUGAUAAGUUUUUAUCUUGAUUUAGUAACAUGGUUGAAAUGGGAAGAACUUCCACUGACUGUACGUGAUGCUGUUGAUAAAGGAUGGACUUUACAAGACAAAUGCCAAGGUAACGGUUCAUUUAUAGCAGAGGAAACACAAGCUUGUAGGAAAUGUUUAUACACACUUCCAGGAUUAAUAAACCCUUGAUUUCCCUUUUUUCAGACAACUCGUAUUACCGCGGUAACCGUUACGUUCGCGACGGAAACAUUACAGUGAUGUUGCUAUUUGAUGAAAACAAUAAAAUAGCAGGGAUACAAACAGGAGUAAGUAAUUUCCGUUUCAUCUGUAUUCCAUUUUAAACGUGUUUUAUUAGCCUGAGAAAACAGCCAACAUUUCGCGAUGCUACUCGUGGUUUUCCCCGCGAAAUGACGUCUGAGUAACGAGCGCAGAAAUUCCAAACUGAUGACGUGUCACUACCUAGAUCUGGGUGGUGCUUCUGAUUGGUUGAAAGGGUGGCACGAAAAAUCAGAAGCACUACCUACAUCUGGGUAAUGACGCGUUCAGCGCUCGUUCCUCAGACGUCAUCCCGCGUUUAAACCAGUGGUGGCCGGCGCCGCGAAAUAUCUGCCGUUUAACAGGCUACUUUUUUAUUUGAAGAUACACACACUCACCGCGGCUUUUAAUAACAACAUCAGAGCUCGUAGGCUCGUCAACACCAUGCUAGGACUAUCCUGUACUCCUAGGCCCAUCUGUUCGAAGGCCAGUUAACGCAGAACUGGGCUGACUGUAGAAAGUCAAGGUAAGAGGAGGGGAGGGGGGGAGAGGUCUCUUCUCUUGUCUUUACCUGACUCACCCAAACGUUUUUCCACUGCUCUAAGCCCCGGACAUUUUGAGACCAAAACUGGCGACCAAAAAACUGCGCAAAAAAGUUCAUUACUGCUGAUUAGAUAUUCAGUCCGUGGACCAAUUGGUAAGCUCCCGUUGGUAAUUUGCAACUUAUCAGAAUGGUAAUACCAAGUGAAUUUUUCCUGAAUUAAUUUCACUGGUGUAUAAUCAUUUAAUUUGAGUGAGCUUAUUCAGAUUGACAGCAGCAAAGAUAACACAAUUAUUAUAGAGUCGUUAAUACCAUAUAAAGAUUAUUUUGUUGAUAUGUGUGUUACUUUCGACAGAUUGCGAAAUCAGCUUCAGGUGUUAAAAAAGGUUUACCGUGGAAAGAGGAGAAUGGCAAUUACAUAAUAACGGCUUACUUCAAAGAUCCAAGUCUAAUUUGUUCCCACAGACCCUCGCAAGCCAAAUAUAUCGGCGACCGACUUUUGAUUCAGAAAAGUUCAACUCCGUAUGAGUUCAUCCAUGUGCCUUUGCUUGAAGAUGGACUAUUUAAAAGCGCAUGGACAGAGGGUGAAUGCUUUUGGUCAAUGGGUAAGCUUGCACGGAUCUAUCUGCGUUUUAAUCCACUUCAUCUUACAUACGUUAAGGGAACUCGAGCCGAAAUGCGCCCCGCAGUUGUUUCAGGGAUGGUUACUGGAGACGCGCCAGUCAACUAUUCGCCAAUUUUUUCCCCUUUCCUGAGUUACACUCCAAGAGAUCUUUGCGAAACUUACCUCGAUAGGCCAAGUUUCCUUCUCAUGUCCCAAAUGCUUUGGGUAGUUAUUGAGUUUAACAUAAUACUAAGCAGCCUUUAGAAAGCGAGAGGGCAUCAGCUCUUGAAUAUGGUGAAUCGCUGGUGGUAAUUCCCAAUUACACAGAGAGCAACGUCUCAUCAGUGGGAGCUCAUAUGGAAUAAACGAGCAAACUGGCCAGCUAUUUCCCAAUUUCUCUUUGUUGCAAGUGGAGCAUGCGCAACACAUUUACGUGCAUACUGAAAUCAAUUGUUGGCUUUUCUUUUUAAAGGAAAAUUGUACUGGUAUGACCUGGCAAACGUUGCUGAUUGUGACUCCGUCUUCCCUGUGUUUCUAAUGUUCACCAAUGGCGUGCUGAACGGUUUUGGCUGGGUUCUUCCCUAUAAAGUUGACAAUCCACGAUUUGUACAUCCUACUAAAGAGUCGUUUCCGGUACGUUAAACAAAAUUUAACUAAGUGUAAGACCGAUCUUAGGCAAAUACCUCGAGUCCUCGGUAUAUAAAAUUGACGAAUUUGAAACAAACGUCCACAGCUGAGUAACAAUGAAAGAAGAAAAUAACAACAAAUAAUGACCUCAACUUAACCCGGUUUACAAAUAUGAACAAAACACUCCAAAUAAGCUUUCAAAACUCCCAGCCUUUGCUCUUAGAAUUCUUUCAAUCGCCUCUGAAAAAUACAGGGCUGGCACAAAAUGGGAAACAGGUGAGCUCCGAUUCGGGUUCUUAGUAGAUACUGUAGUAGCAUGCCCUAAUCAGUUUUUCUUCUUAAUCGGGACUAUUACUCAGCAACGAAUGGAUUGGCUUUUGUUCAAAUUGUCAGACUGAUUCCCCAAGACACCAAACUUAGUGGAAAUCAUUAUGAUCUUUCGCCCCAUGAAAGGGAAUCCGGAUGCCCGAAUUUAGGAAAAUCUGGAAUCCUGAGCUUUGGAAUCCGGAACCCCGUUAACGAUUGGAUUCCAGAUUGCAAGUUCCACUGACAAAGAAUCUCCAGAAUCCAAUACCUGGAAUACGAAAUUCACUGCGUAGAAUCCAAAACCCAGAGCUGCCUUCAGUGGAUCCCCUUAUAAGGGGCGUGUUUGGUUGGUUGGUUUUGGAUAAUAAAAACGGUGUAAAUCAUUAAAAUAAAAGUGAAAAAAGUCUUUGAGUCCGCACUUAAAACAGGACUAUCUCUAUAGUACUGAACGUCCGAAAAGUAGAACUUUUCAUGAGCUAUACUCUGAGUGUUGUCCUUAUUUUUCUUUGUAUUUCUUAAUUACAGUAUCUUUUUAAGAACGCCACUGUACCCGAUUGUUUUUGGAACACUGGUUAUCUGUCCUUGAUGCACGUCUACUUAGAUUCCAAUCCAUUCUUCAACAUUUGCUAG